AUGGGCAGAUUGGAUGACAUUAGUUCUCUCUCGGGCAGUCAAGUUGAAUCCCAAAAUGAGCUAUCGUACUCGGACAUCGCAAACAUGUGUCGUUUGAAUGUUACGGUAAGGAAGGUUAAUGCUAACAAUCUUGCUGAAGAUAUAUUGUUGCUUUGGCAAGAGCACAGUAAUAUGAUGGAUUUUAUGGGUACUAUUAUUGUUAGUGGGGACUUUAAUGAUACUUUAUCUCCUGAAGAGAGGCUGCAGGGGUCAGGUUAUUUACCAUCUAUGUUGGCUUUUCGAGAGUUUGUCAAUAACUCAAAAUUGUCAGAUUUACCCUUUCAGGAUAGAUUAUUUACUUGGCAAAAUUCUCACUCCAGAUGCCGCAUUGACAUGUGUUUUAUUUCUACAGUUGUAAGAGUUUUGUGGCCUUUUAUGUCUUUAGCUGCUUUACCUGGAAAUUUAUCUGAUCACGUGCCUAUUUACUUUCGUUCGACCAAUGCUUUUAAUUGUAGUCCUAAGCCUUUUUGUUCUGUGGAAGCCUGGUGGGAUCACAAUGACUUUGCAAACGUUGUUGAGGAAAGUUGGGUUUUGGCAUAUCUUUCAGCAGUUGUUUUUGAAAAAGAAGCAACGGGUGAUUUGAGUACAAUCUCAGAGAAGGAGCGGGUGGUGAUUGGUAGCUUAAAUUCUCAUUUGUGGAAGGCUGAAAAAAGGGUAGAAACUAUUUGGGUUCAGAAAUCAAGAUUGAAGUGGAUAGCGGAAGGAGGUCGGGAUACUAAGUUUUUCCAUACUGUCACAUCAAAACACUAUAGGAAUAACUUGAUUUCCUCUAUGCAAGUAGAGGGCAAUAUAUAUUAUGAGCCUAAUGAUAUCAUAUUUCAUAUAAGGGAUUUCCUUAAAUCUCUUUACAGUCAGCAAGAUUGUGAGUUGUUUGAUCUCUCCAGUUAG